AUGGGACAGUUUUUGCGAACAUGGAUGGCAACAGACCUCAAGGUACGUUACCUAGCAACACUGAGAGAAAAAUCCUUAAAGAGCAAGUACAAGCCUCACCUUGAGGAUGUGGUUAGGAGUAUGGGAGGACCAAACCCAGGAAAGAGAAAGAGAGGGAAGAGGAGAAAAGGGCGGCCCAUUCAUACGAUUCUAGGUGGAGAGGAUGGGUAUGGGGGAGCUCAAGCCAACAAGGAUGUCUCUACAAUUGGUCGACCGAUCGAUCAAAUACCCCAAAGGAAUUGUAGAGGACGUACUAGUCAAGAUAGUGAUGAUUGUUUUAGAAUAGAUGUAAUUGAUAAAUGUGUAGAGAACACUUUACAUAGCAUAGAUAAUAAUGAAAAUAAUACAGAAGAAAAAGAAAAAGAAGAUACACCACCCAAACAAGAAUUGAAGCAGCUCCCUCCUCAUUUGAAGCAUGCAUUUCUAGGUCCGUACAACCAUAACUAUAGGUUCGAUAUAGUUUCAAAUGGAGAAGAGGAAUCUGUUAGCUACCAGCUUUAUUUUAUUGAGUUCACUCCUGUUGAACGGAGAAAUAUUUCCAGGUGGUUUUUAGAUUACGAUGGAAGCAUACGGGACGCAGUGAGAACAACAAUUUUGAAUUCUGCAGCUUGCGACGGAUAUAUAACAAAAUAUGGUUUGGAAAUGGAUAGUGAUUGCUUUAGCAAUUGUUGUGUUCGCGUCAUUAGUGGGCAUAUUUCUGUAUUUGCGAUGGAAAAAACUCGAACAAGAAGCUUGACGUCAGAUAGACCAAGCGAUGCAAAUGAGCUUCAAAAUAGCGGUAACAACGGCCAUAAUUUGCAACUAUAUAGCGUUGCAUCCAUAAGAGCAGCUACCGAUUCUUUCUCAUUGCAAAACAAACUCGGACAAGGUGGUUUUGGACCUGUUUACAAGGGAAAAUUUGCAGAUGGGCAAGAAAUAGCAGUGAAGAGACUGUCCAGAACAUCAGGACAAGGGCUAAUAGAGUUCAAAAAUGAGCUUAUACUCAUUGCUAAACUACAACAUAUGAAUCUUGUGAGACUAUUAGGUUUUUGCAUCCAAGAAGAAGAGAUUGAGUACUUGCCAAAUAAAAGCCUUGACUCCUUCAUCUUUGAUCAAUCAAGAAAGCAGCUAUUAAAUUGGAGAAAGCGAUAUAAUAUCAUCGAGGGAAUAGCUGAAGGUCUAACUUACCUUCAUAAGUACUCAAGAUUAAGAAUCAUCCACAGAGAUUUGAAAGCUAGUAAUAUAUUACUUGACAAAGACAUGGUUCCCAAAAUCUCCAAAAUCUCUGAUUUUGGUAUGGCAAGAAUUUUCAGGGCAACGGAGUCUGAAGCAAAUACUAACAGGAUUGUAGGAACCUACGGUUACAUGUCCCCAGAGUAUGCUAUGGAAGGCAUUUUCUCCAUCAAAUCCGAUGUUUAUAGUUUUGGAGUUCUAACGCUUGAAAUUAUAAGUGGUAGAAGAAAUCACAGCGCUUACCAUUAUGAUCGUCCGCUCAAUCUUGUGGGUUAUGCAUGGGAGCAAUGGAAAGGAGGAAGAUGGGAACUAAUAUUAGAUCCGACGGUGAGCGAUUCAGCAUCAAACGACCAAGUUCUGAGAUGCAUUAAUGUGGCUCUGCUAUGUGUAGAACAGGAUCCUUAUGAUAGGCCAACCAUGCCAGAUGUUUUAUCUAUGUUGACUAAUGACGUACAGCUUCCAAUGUCUAAGCAGCCUGCAUUUUAUGUGGGAACUACCACUGUAAAAACAGGUGAGAGUAGUACUAAAGACUUGGCUGAAAAAUUUUCAGUAAAUGGCUUGUCCGCAACCGAUAUGGUUGGUCGAUAAAUCAUCGUUUAUUAUUGUAUUUUUUUUAUUUUAAUUAUCCGGUGUCCUAAGUCCACUGAUCCGAUUAAUUCGGAUUCACUUUGAAUAGAUCUACAAAGAGAGGUAGAGCGUUCCCUUCCUAGUGUUUAAAGAGACUCUAUUUCCUAUAAUAAUCAAUGUGGAAUGUAUACGCGCUUCGAGUAUAGUUAUAUUACAUUAUUUAAAUAA